ACAGGGCCAGACACCCUCACCUACAGGGGCCGAGCUUGCUGAGGUGGAGGCAGAGGAGGCCGCGCCCAUGGGGUCUCGACAUCCGCCGCUGGCCGCCCUGUACCUGCUAGGGCUGCUGGUCACUUCCUGCCUCAGAGGCCUCAGAGGGCUCAACUUAGAGGACCAAGGGUUCACAGUGAGACUAAGCGGCUCCGGCUCGCGGUGCCAGGGCCAUCUGGAGGUCAACUACAAGGACGAGUGGUACACGGUGCACAGCCAGAGCUGGGGCCUGCGCCCGUUCCACCGGGAGGACCCCGGUCAGGCCUGGAAGCUCUGCCAGGAGCUGCGAUGCAGGGAGCCCUUGCUCCUCUCCCACUUCCGUCACUUCAAAGGGAAGCGACCCCAGAGCCAGAUCACCUGCCGCGGACAACUGGGGUCCUUCUCCAACUGCAGCGACAGCAAGGCAAAUCAGGGGGACCCUCUGGCCCUGAUCUGCCUAGAGCCACUGAGGACAACACCUCUUCCCACGAGCCCCCCGCCCAUAACCACUCCGGAGCCCACAGCUCCUCCCAGGCUGCAGCUGGUGGCGCGACCCGGGGGCCUGCGGUGUGCAGGCCUGGUGGAGUUCUACAGCGGCAGCCUGGGUGGCACCGUCGGCAUCGAGUCCCAGGACGGGAUCCAGGACCUGGGGAACCUCAUCUGUGCAGCCCUCCAGUGUGGCUCUUUCCUGAGGCCUCUGCCAGAGACCGAGGCAGCCAGGAAACUAGAGCCAGGAGAGAGCGGUCCCUUGCCAAUCCGGUGGAGGAUCCAGAACAGGAGAUGUGCCACCCUAGAGCAGUGCUUCAGAAAAGUUCAGCCCCAGGCGGGAGGCCAAGCUCUUGGCCUCAUCUGUUCUGAUUUCCAGCCCAAGGUGCAGAGCCGCCUGGUGGGGGGCAGCGGCACGUGUGAAGGCUCCGUGGAGGUGCGCCAGGGCAAGCAGUGGGACGCCCUGUGCGACAGUUCCUCGGCCAAGGGCAUGGCGAGGUGGGAGGACGUGUGCCGGGAGCAGCAGUGCGGCAACGUCAGCUCCUACCAGCUGCUGGACACCGGCGAGAAGACCUCCGGGGGGUUCUUCUGUCCCCCGGGGAAGCUGUCCCAGUGCCACCAGCUUCUGCAGAAAAAAUCCCACUGCAAGAGAGUGUUUGUCACCUGCCAGAACACACGCCCAGCGGGCCUGGGUGCGGGCACAGUGGCAAGCGUCAUCCUGGCCCUCGUGCUUGUGGUAAUGCUGCUGGUGGUGUGUGGCCCUCUCGCCUACAAGAAGCUGGUGAAGAAAUUCCGGCAGAAGAAGCAGCGCCAGUGGAUUGGCCCGACGGGAUUGAACCAGAACAUGUCUUUCCAUCGCAACCACACGGUGACUGUCCGGUCCCAGGCUGAGAACCCCACGGCCUCCCACCUGGAGAAUGAAUACAGUCAGCCUCCCAGGAACUCCCAAAUCUCAGCUUUUCCAGCUCUGGAAGGGGCCCUGCGUCGUGUCUCCACCCAGCCCGAUAACUCCUCUGACAGUGACUAUGAUCUGCACGGGGCUCAGAGGCUGUAAAAGAACCGGGACCCAGGAACAAACAUCAAGAGAAAGACCUUCUGUCCUGAGAAUACUCUGCAGUCACUGCUUGGAAAACAGUGUCCAGGACCUUGCCCGGCAGGACCAUGGACGUGACUUUCCAACAUGUCCUACUGCCCAGCAGACGCAGGCCAGCUCAGACAUCUCUCCACAUCUUCACCAGCCCAGGCGAAGACCCCAACGCAGCUCAGCGGGCCCCCCUCCAGGUGUAGCAGCUGUGAAAGGGCAGAGCCUGGAAGCAGGCAUCCCUCCCAAGCAGAGACACACGGGGUCCAGACCCGGGCAGCUCCCUCUCCCGUCUGGGGGACUCAGUUCUCUUCUCCAGCUCUGACCCAUGAGGCUCCACAGGGAUGCUCACACCUUGCGGGUGGUGGGAGGCAAGGGCUGAUUUCUCUCAUGCAUUUUUAAUACGUUCUUUGUAA